AUGAAUCAAGAAAACGCUGAAGAAUUGAAUGAAAUUGGAUCAUUAUCCUCAGGGAGUUUGGAGCCUCCACCAAAUGGAGGUGAAGAUCAGGACGACGAAAAUCCCAACAAUGAUGCUGCUGAUGGAAACGACAGUGAUGAUGUUGCAGAAAAUCCCACAGAACAAAAUGAUACUGAAGGGCAAAACGACAAUACAGAAGGACAAAAUCCAAAGAUUCGAGAAGACCGAACACAUGCAACUCCUGUUGAAUUGAAAACUAAUAUUGAUGCCCGCUUAACACAAGCUCAGGAAUCCUACACUCGAGAUGCCAGUCGACAACGGAGUCAAGAUGUUGGUGUUUUAAGCACGAAAUUUCGCCAGUUUCGUGUCCAUUUGAAUGAGCUGAAGCCAAUCAUUAAGUCAUAUCAACAGGCCAACAACGAGCUAUAUGCCGCCCGAACUAAGUUGUACUCGAAUCUCGCAGAAAUUGCGGUGGACUCUCCAUUCUAUGACAUGGUGGGCAAGCAGCUAGACACGGACGCACUUUCGGAAGCUACCACAAUCGAAGCAGCUGCACAAGUUGCAGAAGAAAGUCAAACCGACUCUUUGGUUGGUGUCAACCAGAUAGCCAAAGCCCCCCUACCAGUCCUCGAAGCCGAGUACCAAGAACAUCUAGUCGACUACAUUCUGGAAUGGCAAGCUGUCAUUGCCAACAAAGUGGACAAGCUAAUGAAAGACAACGAGGCUUUACGUGUCAAGCAACAUCAUUAUCGGGUCAAGGUGGACAACUUGCGCGAGGAAAAGUCAGCAUCGGAUUCCAAGGGAAAAGAAUUUCCCAACCGCAAGCGAGAAAAGUUGGUCCGCAACGAAGAAAAGUACCGUCAGGCCAUGGCCGAACAUGAAGAAAAGGCUUCCGAACUGUGUUACAUGUUGGAAGUUGUCGUGAAUCUGGCCUGGCAAGAUAUGAUGCCACUGGUACAACAUACCAUAAUCUGGGAAAGAAAGCGAUACGACUAUGACGACCGUUCCUAUGCAGACAUGUUCCGACAAGUAUUGGAAUCCCUCAGUCGAGAGAUCACAAGGGUGGAAGAAGAAGAAUCGACCGAUGAUCUGGAAGCUGCUCUCUUGAUCCAAAGGGACAAGCAUGAAAUCCUAAAAGAAAAGCUGAACCGACUGCAAAUGGCGCUCUCAGGCGAUUGGGAAACCAAGAAUGAACUCUUUCGGAAGUUUGAUUUGGUGUAG